UUUCCCCAAUAAUCCCAGUGAUAAAUCCACCCACAGGAACGGAGAGAACUAUCAGAUCCGACGAGAAGGUAGACGGGAGGGGAGUCGCCUCUCUACCACUCCUCAGCCUUCUCCCCUUAUCUCACCGCCCUCGGUAAACGCGUCUCCAUCCCCAUUCCAUCCCCCACCAAUGUUCCAUUCCCAUCAUCAUCAUCAUCGCCAUGCCCAUCUCCCUUUCUGUCCCCCGUUCCAAGCCAAAACAUUGAUUAAAUAAAUAUAAUCCCAUAAUCCAAUGCGUCCUCGAGAUCUUCCCCACCACCCCCCGAUUCCAAUCCCCCUUCUUCUAUAGAAAGCCUUAGGGCUUGGUCUUCUCUCUGAAAGAAACCAGGGGUUUAAGGUUUUACUGUGCCAAUCUGAAUAGUCGGUGAUGGCAUCGUCAUCGACUUCGUCGUCGUCGUCGUCGUCCUCGGGGUUCUUCGCAAUCUGCCUGCUCCACUCGGCCGUGGCGGUGACCUGCGGCGCGCUGAUGAUGUUCUACCUGAACGAGAUCUCUGUCUUCGGGCACGGGAGAGAGACGGCGAGGAAGCUCCAGGGGUCGACUCCGCAUGACCAGCUCCUGAUCCAGACAUCGGAUUCUUUCGCCGGGCUUCUCCUCAUGGCGAUCGGACUUCUCCUCUUCAUGGUGGCAUUUGUGAAGGAUCGGGAUUUCCAGGCGUUCUUCGCAAAAGGCUGCAUCCUCCUCCAUGCUUCCAUGGCCCUCUGGCGCGUCUACUUUGAGCGCCGCGUCGACGACCUCGCCCGCGACUGGCCUCGCCAGCUUGUCGGCGAUAUUGUGCUCAGCCUCUCCUGGGUCCUCUUCCUCGUCUACUCCUGGAGGGAGAAGUAUGACUGACUGCGGAGGUACCCUCUCGAUCCCUUUUGAUUCGGAGGGGAGGCUCGUUAGGGCUAAUUGGUUGUAGGAUGUGGUGAUGAUUGCUCUUUUCUUGAUCUUUUCCUUUUGGUGGCAUAUGGGUUUGCUUAUCUGUAAUUUGCUUUGGCUUGUUGUCUUAAAUCAAUCUAGAUGAAUAUCUCACAUUUUCUUGUAAAGUUUCUUCUCUUGUUGAGCAUAAUAAAGAAUAAGAUAUAUAAGCUUCUGGUGCUGUA